UCAGCCGCAGCAGGAGCCUCACAGCAGCUAGCGAAGACUGCUGUUAGCCAACAACUACUUUCGAGAAGAUGAUCAACCAGCAGGAAUAAACAAAAUGUCAUGAUAUUUUUAUUUGUAUUUCAUUUUUUUGGAUGGUGGAAGGACGCAGACUGUGGAAAAAGGACUAACAGGAACGUUCAGCAUCGAGUGUGACAACUGAUAGGGAUUAACUCAGCGGAAUGGAGACCACCGAUCUUCUGCUCCUUUACGCCUGCUGCUGGUGUUUUUUGGACUUGUCAGGAAGUUUCUCAUUGGAGGAGCGAUCGAGCCAUGUGUCCCUGGAGAAGACAUACGGCCGCUCGGUGAAGGACUCUCAGUGCCAUCACAUGCUCAAGCACCUGCACAAUGGCGCCCGCAUCACCGUGCAGAUGCCUCCAAACGUGGAGGGUCACUGGGUGUCCACCAGCUGUGAGGUUAGACCUGGCCCAGAGUUCCUGACCCGCUCCUACCGCUUCUACACCAACAGCAGCUUCCAGGCCCACCAGUUUUACUAUGAGGACAACCACUGCACCAAGCCCACCUACACGCUGCUCAUCCGCGGUCGCCUGCGCCUGCGCCAGGCCUCCUGGAUCAUCCGGGGCGGCACCGAGGCGGAAUACCACCUCCACCGGGUCUUGAUGGUGUGUCACACGUCUGACGUGGCCAAAGAGCUGAGCCAGAGGCUGAACCGGAGCUGCCGGGCCGCCGUGAGAGGUCCCUGGGAGCCCGGCGCUGCCUACGAGCUGUGGAGCGAAGAGGGUGGCUACAACUGCUCCCGGGAACUUAACUUUGCCAUGCAUGAGCUCCAACUGCUGCGGCUGGAGAAGCAGUACAUGCACCACAACCCUGAUCACCUAGUGGAGGAGCUCUUCCUCGGGGACGUCCACACUGACCCCGCCCAGAGGUUGUACUACAAGCCCUCCAGCUACCAGACCCCCCUGCAGAACGCCAAGAACCACUUCCACGGCUGCAUCGCCUGCCGCAUCAUCUACCGCUCAGACGAGCUGCACCCGCCCAUCCUGCCGCCGCGGGCCGACCUGGCCGUAGGUUUGUACGGCCAAUGGGUCAGCCAGCGCUGCGAGGUGCGCCCGGAGGCCCUGUUCCUCACGCGCCACUUUGUCUUCCACGACAACAACCACACGUGGGAGGGUCACUACCACCACUUCUCAGACCCCGUUUGCAAGCACCCCACCUUCACCAUCUAUGCCCGUGGACGCUACAGCAGGGGGCUGCACUCCACGCGCGUCAUGGGAGGGACCGACUUCAUCUUCAAAGUGAACCACAUGCGAGUGACGCCAAUGGACUUUGCCACCACCUCCCUCCUCAACGUCUUCAACGGCAACGAGUGUGGUGCCGAGCGCUCGUGGCAGGUGGGCGUGGAGCAGGACGUGACAGUGACCAAUGGCUGCGUGGCGCUGGGCAUCCGCCUGCCACACACAGAGUACGAGCUCUUCCACAUGGAGCAGGACUCCAACGGACGAUACCUGCUCUUCAAUGGCCAGCGGCCCAGCGACGGCUCCAGCCCAGACCACCCAGAGAAGCGGGCCACCUCUUACCAGCUGCCACUGAUGCAGUGCUCCGUCAGCAGUCAGUCAACGGGACGCACAGACAAUGGAGACACGCUGCUGCAGCUCCGUAAUGGCAGUGCGGGCCGGCACCAAGCAGCAGGUGCAGGUCUCAUGGCUGCUUUUGUUGCUUUUUGUUGGAGCUGGCCACGCUAGAUGCUCCUAAAAGCUCACCACUAGACAUUUUCAGGACUCCAAAAUCCCGUCAGGUGGUAACCACACUGGGAACAUAUGAGGACCUUUUGAGUGAACACAGAAAGACUGUUGGUGAAAUCAGCUUUUGCGAAAGGAGGAAAGCUUUUUAAACUCUCCCAACCCCAAGAGCCAAAGACUUUACCAAGAAAACAAAAAUGCACUUUAGCGUGAACAAAUGACCAGCUAUGAAGGGCAAUUCAUCAUCAGCCUUUUUUCCUGUCAUAAAAUAACACUCUUGAUGGAGAUUCAAAAGUAAUAAGGGUUUUUUGGUGCCGAAGUGUAAAACCCAUUAAAUAGAACAUUCAAAUAUCAACAAAGCUUUAAAUUGUCAAACAUACCCCCCCAAAAAAUGAAGUCACAAAAUAUAUACAUUUGUCAUAAAUUACUAAAUAGUUUGUAUAAUUUCACACUGAUAUGACAGUUUAAUACAUUAUUUUACAUUCUUUACUUUUUGAUUUAAUUUUGGCACACCAAUCUAUUUUUACAUCUCCAUAAGUUAUGGAUUUUUUUUCUUAACUUUUAUCUUCAACACUAGAUAGCAGCUGUUUUUCCAACACUGCAGCUGAUUAUGUUCAUUCAUAACAAAAUUGCACUUCGGGUAACACAUAUGGUAUUUUAGGACAGGGUAACAGCAAAAGUACUGUUAAUAUGGUCACAUUUGUGGGGGGGAAAAAAG